AGUUAGCGUGCCGUUGGUUAAAAUGGUUAGGGUUUUUCCUUUACUCGUUUCUCUUGCAAACAAAAUUUCUCCCACCGCAUUGCCAUCAACAUGGAGGAGGGAACUUCCGAUUCCGAGACCGACCGAAUCCGCAACAUCUGCAUCCUUGCGCACGUCGACCACGGCAAGACCACCCUCGCCGACCACCUCAUCGCCGCGGCGGGCGGCGGCGUCGUCCACCCGAAGCUGGCCGGUCGCGUCCGCUUCAUGGACUACCUGGACGAGGAGCAGCGGCGCGCCAUCACCAUGAAGAGCUCCUCCAUCCUCCUCCGGUACGAGCGCCACGCCGUGAACCUCAUCGACUCCCCCGGCCACAUCGACUUCUGCAGCGAGGUCUCCACCGCCGCCCGCCUCAGCGACGGCGCUCUCCUCCUGGUGGACGCCGUCGAGGGCGUCCACAUCCAGACCCACGCCGUCCUCCGCCAGUGCUGGAUCGAGCGCCUCACCCCCUGCCUCGUCCUCAACAAACUCGACCGCUUGAUCACCGAACUCAAACUCACUCCCUCCGAAGCCUACACGCGCCUCUCCCGCAUCGUGCACGAGGUCAACGGAAUAGUCAGCGCUUACAAAUCCGAGAAGUAUUUGUCCGACGUCGACUCUCUCCUCGCCGGCGCUUCCACCUCCGGUGAGGCCCUCGAGGAUUACGACGACAACGAGGAUGUCUUCCAGCCGCAGAAAGGUAACGUUAUAUUCGCUUGCGCUUUGGACGGUUGGGGCUUUGGGAUUCGCGAGUUUGCUGAGAUAUACGCUUCCAAGCUUGGCGCUAGUGUGAAUGCCCUUCAGAGAGCGCUUUGGGGUGCCAAGUUUUAUAACCCUAAGACGAAGAUGAUUGUUGGGAAGAAAGGGGUUGGUGCUAAUAAGAAGCCUAUGUUUGUUCAGUUUGUGUUGGAGCCGUUGUGGCAGGUUUAUCAGGGGGCUUUGGAUGGGGACAAGGGGUUGGUUGAGAAGGUUGUUAGGUCGUUUAGUUUGUCGGUGCCGCCGCGGGAGCUGCAGAAUAAGGAUGUGAAGGUCGUGCUUCAGGCGGUUAUGAGCCGGUGGCUUCCACUUUCGGAUGCGGUUUUGGGGAUGGUGGUUAGGUGUUUGCCGGACCCCGUUGUGGCACAGGCGUAUCGGAUAUCGAGGCUGGUUCCGAAGAGGGAGGUUGAGGUUGCUGAGGAUGAGAGGGCGGUGGUAGAGGAGGUGGAGAUGGUGAGGAAGGCGGUGGAGGGGUGUGAAUGUGGGGAGGAGGUUCCUUGUGUUGCUUUUGUGUCGAAGAUGUUUGCUGUGCCGGUUAAGAUGCUGCCUGGACAAAGGGGGGAGGUUGGCAAUGGUUAUGGUGAUGAGGGAGAGGCUGAUUCGGAUGAAUGUUUUUUGGCGUUUGCUAGAAUUUUUAGUGGGGUUUUGUAUGCGGGGCAGAGAGUUUUUGUGCUCUCUCCGUUGUAUGAUCCGUUGAAAGGGGAAUCUAUGCAGAAGCAUAUACAGGAGGCUGAGUUGAAAUCACUGUAUUUGAUGAUGGGGCAAGGGUUGAAAGUAGUGACAUCUGCCAAGGCAGGGAAUAUUGUUGCCAUUGCUGGCCUUGGCCAGCAUAUAUUGAAAAGUGCUACCCUUUCUUCAACUAGGAACUGUUGGCCAUUUUCCAGUAUGGCAUUCCAAGUUGCCCCGACUUUGAGAGUCGCAAUUGAGCCGUCUGAUCCUGCUGAUGUGGGUGCGCUGCUCAAAGGAUUGAGACUUCUGAAUCGAGCGGAUCCAUUUGUGGAGGUCACGGUGUCUGCAAGGGGAGAGCACGUUCUCGCUGCUGCCGGAGAAGUUCAUCUUGAGAGAUGCGUUAAGGAUUUAAAGGAGAGGUUUGCAAGGGUAAGCUUGGAGGUCUCUCCGCCUCUUGUUUCAUACAAAGAGAGCAUUGAGGGAGACGUAUCCAAUGUGCUGGAAAAUUUGAAAGUUCUUAGCAGGAGAUCCGAUUAUGUUGAAAAAUCUACACCCAAUGGAAGGUGUGUUGUUCGGGUGCAGGUGAUGAAACUUCUACCUUCUCUUACAAAGGUGCUCGACGAAAGCUCUGAUUUACUUGGUGAUGUCAUUGGAGUAAAGUCGGGGCAGACAGUAAAAAGUUUGGAAACCCAGAGGCAGAGUAUUCUUGAAAACGAUAACCCAACUGAAGUACUAAAAAAACGCAUAUUGGAUGCAGUGGAGGGGGAUAUUUUGAGCAGGAAUGAGAAUGACAAGGACCAUGCUGAGAAAUGUAAAUUGAAGUGGCAAAAGAUUUUGAGGAGGAUAUGGGCACUUGGACCUAGGCAGAUUGGUCCUAACAUUCUCUUUACUCCUGAUAUUAAAGCAGAAAGUACUGAUAAUUCUGUCUUAAUACGAGGUUGUCCUCGGGUAUCAGAAAGGUUCGGCUUUGUGGCUGAUUCUAGUGUCAGUGACUCGGUUGCUGAGACAUCUUCAAAUGCAAACCAAGCUUCGAUCACAGAUGCUGAGCACCUUGAGAGUAGUGUUAUAUCUGGCUUCCAAUUGGCCACUUCAGCUGGACCCUUGUGUGAUGAACCUAUGUGGGGUUUGGCAUUUGUCAUUGAGGCACGCAUAACACCAUUUUCAGGGCAGCAUGACGAAUCUGAAACACACCAACAAUCUGAGCAGUAUGGCCUAUUUGCAGGGCAAGUAAUUGCAACUGUCAAAGAUGCUUGUAGAGCAGCAGUGCUUCAGAAUAAGCCACGGCUUGUAGAAGCAAUGUACUUCUGUGAAUUGAAUACACCUACUGAAUAUUUGGGUCCCAUGUAUGCUGUACUUUCUCGAAGACGGGCCCGAGUUCUGAAGGAAGAGAUGCAAGAAGGUUCACCUUUCUUCACUGUGCAUGCAUAUGUUCCUGUUUCUGAGAGUUUUGGUUUUGCGGAUGAGCUUAGAAGGUGGACUUCUGGUGCUGCAAGUGCACUUCUUGUACUUAGCCACUGGGAAGCACUUCCUGAGGAUCCUUUCUUUGUACCUAAAACAGAAGAGGAGAUUGAAGAGUUUGGAGAUGGUUCCAGUGUUCUUCCAAAUACGGCAAGAAAAUUAAUUAACGCAGUCAGACGGCAUAAGGGCCUUCCUGUGGAGGAAAAGGUAGUACAGCAUGGAACCAAGCAGAGGACACUGGCUCGUAAAGUCUGAUACUUUUUAUUACAGUUGUCUCCUUAGCUCAUUAUCUGUGAAGAGAACCUGUUAGUUGUUAAAUGUAUUUGUAACUCCAUAUGUCAUGUAUUGUACCAUUAGGAACAUUUUUUCAGCAUGGGUUUAUUUUUAUAUAUCUUCACCAAAAAUUGUCACAUACGAAUACAAUCAAAUUCAUGAUGAUUUAAUAUUUUUUAAGCAAUCUGUAUUGUCUCAUUUCAAUUUCUGUACUCUUGUCUGAUGUGUUUCUACCCCCUCCUGAUCCUAGUUUGGAUCUCAAUCUUGAUUAUUUGAUACCCACUCUGUAUUUUGUAUAAGGCUAGACCUUGAUGCUAUGAAUAAUUCCUGCUUUGAAUUCUA